AUGAGUGAAGCUGUCGACACCUCGACGCUGUGUCUCUUCGAUGUGGACGGGACGCUGACUGCCGCUCGACAGGUAAGGAGACCAACGAUAGUUCCUACGGUGCUGCUAACGAUAGGUCCCCUGCUACAGUCCACUAACCACUAACUCAUAGACAGGUAAGGAGACCAACGAUAGUUCCUACGGUGCUGCUAACGAUAGGUCCCCUGCUACAGUCCACUAACUCAUAGACAGUUAAGGAGACCAACGAUAGGUCCCCUGCUACAGUCCACUAACUCAUAGACAGGUAAGGAGACCAACGAUAGUUCCUACGGUGCUGCUAACGAUAGGUCCCCUGCUACAGUCCACUAACUCAUAGACAGGUAAGGAGACCAACGAUAGUUCCUACGGUGCUGCUAACGAUAGGUCCCCUGCUACAGUCCACUAACUCAUAGACAGGUAAGGAGACCAACGAUAGGUCCCCUGCUACAGUCCACUAACCACUAACUCAUAGACAGGUAAGGAGACCAACGAUAGGUCCCCUGCUACAGUCCACUAACCACUAACUCAUAGACAGGUAAGGAGACCAACGAUAGUUCCUACGGUGCUGCUAACGAUAGGUCCCCUACUACAGUCCACUAACUCAUAGACAGGUAAGGAGACCAACGAUAGGUCCCCUGCUACAGUCCACUAACUCAUAGACAGGUAAGGAGACCAACGAUAGGUCCCCUGCUACAGUCCACUAACUCAUAGACAGGUAAGGAGACCAACGAUAGGUCCCCUGCUACAGUCCACUAACUCAUAGACAGGUAAGGAGACCAACGAUAGGUCCCCUGCUACAGUCCACUAACUCAUAGACAGGUAAGGAGACCAACGAUAGGUCCCCUGCUACAGUCCACUAACCACUAACUCAUAGACAGGUCCAAUGGAUCAACGUUAACGUUAGUUCACACCUACCUGCAUUUGUCCAAUAGAAACUCUCGUUUUCUUUGCAAAACGUUUUCCAUUUGGAGUCAACUUUUUCUGUUGCAAAACGGCUUAAUGAAUACAUCCCUGUUCACUGACCUAUAGACAGGUCAAAUGGACCAUUGUUAGAGAGCGUGUUAUGGUUUAGUUAUAUUAGUCCGGGUGAAUGAUAUAUACUGUAUCCAUGGUAGAGGCAGGACUGUGUGUUGGGUGGGUGUCUGUCUGAUGGAUUGAAUGGUUGCUGAUACCACUUGAAUAGUUGCUGUAGCAACAGUGUACUAAUGUGUUCCAGAGGGUGACUCCUGGGAUGGAGGACCUUCUGCAGCGUCUGCGGCGGCGUGUUCGAGUCGGCGUGGUGGGGGGGUCGGACUUCAUCAAGAUCAAAGAACAACUGGGAGAUGACGGUGUGUGUCUGUGUGUGGGAGUUAAGGUGUGUCUGUGUGAGGGAGUUAAGGUGUGUCUGGUGUGUGAGGGAGUUAAGGUGUGUCUGGUGUGAGGGAGUUAAGGUGUGUCUGGUGUGUGAGGGAGUUAAGGUGUGUCUGUGUGAGGGAGUUAAGGUGUGUCUGGUGUGUGAGGGAGUGAAGGUGUGGGGAUAUUUGGGGAGUUUCUCUGAAUGUCCUUGAGUGGCCCAGCCAGAGCCUGGACUUGAACCCGAUCGAACAUCUCUGGAGAGAGCUGAAAAUAGUUGUGCAGUGACGCUCCCCAUCCAACCUGACAGUCCUUGAGAGGAUCUGCAGAGAAGAAUGGGAGAAACUCCCCAAAUACAGGUGUGCCAAGCUUGUAGUGUCAUAUCCAAGAAGAAUCGAGGCUCUUAUUGCUGCCAAAGGUGCUUCAACAAAGUACUGAGUAAAGGGACUGAAAACUUAUGUAAAAAAUGUUUUUCUAUAUUUGCCAACACUUCUAAAAACCUGUUUUUGCUUUGUCAUUAUAGGGUAUUUUGUGUAGAUUGAUGAGGGUGGAAAAAAACAAUUUAAUCAAUUUUAGAAUAAGGCUGAAACGUAACAAAAUGUGGAAAAAGUCAAGGGGUCCAACACUCUACUCAGCAAAUUGGAUGUAGUCUAUCACAGUGCCAUCCGUUUUGUCUCCAAAGCCCCAUACACUACCCACCACUGUGACCUGUACGCUCUUGUUGGCUGGUCCUCACUACAUGUUCGUCGUCAAACCCACUGGCUCCAGGCCAUCUAUAAAUCACUGCUAGGCAAAUCCCCGCCUUAUGUUAGCUCAUUGGUCACCAUAGCAGCACCCACCCGUAGUCUGCGCUCCAGCAGGUAUAUCUCACUGGUCAUUCCCAAAGCCAACACCUCCUUUGGCCGCCAUUCCUUCCAGUUCUCUGCUGCCAAUGACUGGAACGAAUUGCAAAAAUCUCUGAAGCUGGAGACGCUUAUCUCCCUCAAUAACUUUAAGCAUCAGUUGUCAGAGCACCUUACCGAUCACUGCACCUGUACACAGCCCAUCUGAAAUUAGCCCACCCAACUACCUCAUCCCUAUAUUGUUAUUUAUUUUGCUCUUUUGCACCCCAGUAUCUCUAUUUGCACAUAAUCUCUUGCACAUCUAGCAUGUUUUUCUAAAAAAUGUUUUUCUAUAUUUGCCAACACUUCUAAAAACCUGUUUUUGCUUUGUCAUUAUAGGGUAUUUUGUGUAGAUUGAUGAGGGGGGAAAAAACAAUUUAAUCCAUUUUAGAAUAAGGCUGAAACGUAACAAAAUGUGGGAAAAGUCAAGGGGUCUGAAUACUUUCCCAAUGCACAGUACACACGGCUGGAAUGCUGUUUCAGCCUUCAGCAUCCAGGACCCAAACUAGCCAGUUUAUAAUAAAUAUUAAUGCAAUGCUCUGCAGAAUCACUGAUCUGCAAAUAACAACUGACGUCUCUCUAUGGAAUCAAGCUCAGUGACGUCUCACUAUGGAAUCAAGCUCAGUGACGUCUCACUAUGGAAUCAAGCUCAGUGACGUCUCACUAUGGAAUCAAGCUCACUGACGUCUCACUAUGGAAUCAAGCUCACUGACGUCUCACUAUGGAAUCAAGCUCACUGACGUCUCACUAUGGAAUCAAGCUCACUGACGUCUCACUAUGGAAUCAAGCUCACUGACGUCUCACUAUGGAAUCAAGCUCAGUGACGUCUCACUAUGGAAUCAAGCUCAGUGACGUCUCACUAUGGAAUCAAGCUCAGUGACGUCUCACUAUGGAAUCAAGCUCAGUGACGUCUCACUAUGGAAUCAAGCUCAGUGAAUUUACACAGCGCCUCCAACGUGUGUGUGUGUGUGUGUGUGUGUGUGUCAACUGAUCCGUCAGGUUGUAUUUAGCUACUCUGACCUUCUCAGCACUUCUCUGUAAAGGUCAUGAUGCACACACACACACCACACACACCACACACACACACCACACACACCACACACACCACACACACCACACACACACCACACACACACACACCACACACACACACACACACACCAAAGUGUCCAAAACAUCAUUGGAGCUUUACUGCAUUAAUGAAUCAGUUACAACGGGUGGGCUUUAGUCAUGUUGCAUGAAGACCCAUGGGGCGGCGCACAAUUUGCCCAGCGUUGUCCAGGGUAGGGGAGGGAAUGGCCGGCAGGGAUGUAGCUCAGUUGGUAGAGCAUGGCGUUUGCAAACGCCAGGGGUUGUGGGUUCAAUUCCCACGGGGGCCAGUAUAUAUAUAUAUAUUUUUUUACAUGUAAGUCGCUCUGGAUAAGAGCGUCUGCUAAAUGACUAAAAUGUAAAAUGUAAAAAAAAUGGUAGUAAAUAGUUUACUGCAUUAACGAGUCAGUUCCAACGGGUGGGCUUUAGUCAUGAUAGUAAAUAGUUUACUGCAUUAACGAGUCAGUUCCAACGGGUUGGGCUUAGUCAUGUUAGUAAAUAGUUUACUGCAAUUUUUACAAAACGAGUCAGUUCCCAACGGGGGGUUUAGUCAUGAUGUAAAUAGUUGACUGCAGUAACGAGUCAGUUCCAAAGGGUGGGAUCUAGUAUGGUAGUAAAUAGUUUACUGCCUUAAUGAGUCAGUUCCAACGGUGGGACUUUAGUAAUGGUAGAGUAAAUGUUUUUACUGCCGUAAUGAGUCAGUUCCAACGGGUGGCUUCGUCAUGAGAGUAAAUAGUUCACUGCAUUAAAGAGUCGUUCAAAGGGUGUGGAUUUAGUCAUGUUAGUCAAUAGUUAAUUGCUUAACGAGUCAGUUUCCAGGUGGGCUUUAAAAGGUCAUGUAGUUAAAUAGUUUACGGCAUUAACGAGUCAGUUCCAACGGGUGGGCUUUAGUCAUGUAGGAAAAUAGUUAAUGCAUUGAACGAGUCAGUUCCACACGGAGUGGGCUUUAGUUCAUGUAGUAGAAAUAGUUUAGGCAUUAACGAGUCAGUUCCAAGGGUGGGCUUUAGUAAUGGGAGGAGUAAUAGUUUACUGCAUAAUGAGUCAGUUACAACGGUGGCUUUAGUCAUGGUAGUAAAUAGUUUUACUGCAUUAACGAGUCAGUUCCCAACGGGUGUGCUCUUAGUCAUGUUAGUAAAUAGUUUACUGCAAUGAACGAGUCAGUUCCAACGGGUGGGCUUUAUAUGUUAGGUAAAUAGUUUACUGCAUAACGAAGUCAGUUUCCAACGGGUGGGUUUAGUAUGGUAUAAGUAAAUAGUUUACUGCUGAACGCAGUCAGUUCCAACGGGUGGCUUAGUCAUGGUAGUAAAUAGUUUACGAUUAAGGUCAGUUCCACCGGGUGAGGCUUAGUAUGAUAGUAAUAGUUUACGGCAGAACGAGUCAGUUCCAACGGGUGGGCUUUAGUCAUGGUAUUAAAUAGUUUACUGCAUUAACCGAGUCAGUUCCAACGGGUGGGUGUAGUCAUGGUAGUAAAUAGUUUUACUGCUGAACGAGUCGUUCCAACGGGUGGGCUGUAGUCAUGGUAGAAAAAGUUUGUAACUGCAUUACGAGUCGUUCCAAACGGGUUGGCUUUUUGUCAUGAUCGGAAAUAGUUUAUGAAGGACGAGUCGUUCCAACGGGUGGGCUUUGUCAUGUUAGUAAAUAGUUUACUGCAUAACGAGCAGUUCCAAGGGUGGGUGGGCUGUAUGUUAGUAAAAUAGUGUACUGCAUUACCGAGUCCGGUUCAAGGGUGGGCUUUAUCAUGUUAGUAAAUAGUUUACUGCAUUAAUUAAGAGUCAGUUCACAACGGGUGGGUUAGUCAUGGUAGUAAAAUAGUUUACUGCAUUAAGAGUCAGGUUCCAAACGGGUGGGCUUUAGUCAUGGUAGUUAGUAAAAUAGUGUACUGCAUUUUUAAAAACGCGUCAGUUCCAACGGGUGGGCUUCGUCAUGUAGUAAAUAGUUUACUGCAUAACCGAGUCAGUUCAAAGGGGUGGGGCUUUAGCAUGUAGUAAAUAUUUGUUUACUGCAAACGAGCGUUCCAACGGGUGGGCUUAGUCAGGUAGUAAAUAGUGUACUGCAUAACGAGUCAGUCAACGGGUGGGCUUUAGUCUGGUAGUAGUAAAUAGUUACUGCAUUAACGAGUCAGUCCAAACGGGGCGGCUUAGUCAUUUAGUAAAUAGUUUACUGCAUUAACGAGUCAAUUAGAACGGGUGGGCUUUAGUCAUGUUAGUAAUAGUCACUGCAGUAACGAGUCAGUCCAACGGGGUGGGCUUGGCUUUAGUCAGGGUAGUAAAUAGUUUACUGCAUUAACGAGUCAGUUCCAACGGGUGGGCUUGAGUCAUGGUAGUAAAUAGUUACUGCAUUAGAGUCAAGUUCCAACGGGUGGCUUUAGUCAUGGUAGUAAAUAGUUUACUGCAUUAACGAGUCAGUUCCAACGGGAUGGGCUUUAGUCAUGUAAGUAAAUAGUUACUGCAUUAACGAGUCAGUGCAAACGGGUGGGCUGUAGUCAUGGUUAGUAAAUAGUUUACUGAUUUACUGAGUCAGUUCCAAGGGUGGGCUUUAGUCAUGUAGUUAAAUAGUUUACUGCAUAUUUAAAGAUGUCAGUUCCAACGGGGGGCUUUAGUCAUGGUAGUAAAUAGUUUACUGACAACGAGUCAGUUCAACGGGUGGGCUUUAGUCAUGUUAGUAAAUUAGCUUACUGCAUUAACGAGUCAGUUCCAACGGGGGGCUUUAGUCAUGGUAGUAAAUAGUUACUGCAUUAACGAGUCAGUUCAACGGUGGGCUUAGUUCAUGGUAGUAAAUAGUUACUUGCAUUAACGAGUCAGUUCCCACGGGUGGGCGUUUAGUCAGGGUAGUAAAAGUUUACUGCAUUAACGAGUCAGUUCAACGGGUGGGCUUUAGUCAUGUUAAGUAACUAGUUUACUGCAUUAAUGAGUCAGUUAUACGGGUGGGCUUCGUCAUGGGAGUGAAUAGUUUUGGCCACAGAGUGCGCACUCAAUUCUGCUUCCCGGCGAGCAUUUGCCAAACACAGACAGACGCGGGGUUACAGACAAAACAAAGACCACACACCACACACAACGCAGGUUACAGACAAACACACACACACAGCGCGGUUACAACACCACCACACACACACAGACGAGGUACACACACACAGAACACAGAAACACACACACACACACGCAGGUUACACACACACACACGCAGGUUAAACACACAACACAAAGACACACAAGCAGGUUACACACAAAAACCCCCCAGACAAAACAACACCAUCAAACACACACACACACACACACACAGACACACACAGACAGUGUAAUAAAAACUAGUCUGGUUGUGUGUAGUCGUGGUAGAGAAGGUGGGACCCAUGUGUUUGCUUGUGGAACGGAUUGGCUGGCAUAUAAGAAUGGACAGCGGUAAGCACGACAGGUAAGACCUGACCCUGAUGUGUCCACAUGUGGUUUAUACAAACAUGGACCGCUUAGUCACUGGUUGUUUUAGAGUAUCCAUGGCUGGGAUUGGUCUGUUUCAGAGUAUCCAUGGCUGUGAUUGGUUGUUUCAGAGUAUUACAGGCGUUACAUGGGGGAGGAUCUUAUUAAAAGACUUCAUCAACUUUGUCUCAACUACCUGUCCAAGAUAACACUCCCCAGGAAGAGGUACACUCACUCUCAAUCAACUCAACAACAUUCACCCAUCUCUCGCACACAAUCACAUAAAUAACCCCAUUCCUCACACACUCACAUAUAUUCCCACAUCUCUCUCUCUCAAUCACAAUCACACAAUUCACCCAUUCACUCACACCACAUUCAACACAUCUCUCUCUCUCUCUCUCUCUCUCUCUCUCUCUCUUCUCAUCUUCUCUCUCUCUCUAUAUCGAAUUCUUCUCAGCUCUCUCUCUCUAUCCUACCCUCAGGGGGACAGUUGAUAGAGUCCGCAAUGGAGUGUGGAAGUGUCAACUGUGGGGCGGAGCUGCAGUCCGGGAGGAAGAGGAUAGAGUUCUACCAGCUGGACCAAGUUUUGUGUAUUUUUGGGGGGAUGCUGUUGCCCGGUCUGCCUGUCCUCUGUCUGUUCCUGUAUGCUGUUAUACCUGCUGCCUCCUGACUUGAACCUCUCUGUAGUCUGUCGUCUGCCUGCCGGUCUGUCUGUCUGUAUGUCUGGUGUCUGCCUGCCUGCCUUCUGUUGCCUUGUCUACCUGCUAAUUGGCUGCCUGUUUCUUUGGGCUUGCCUGCCUGGCUGCCUGUCUGUCGUCUGGUCUGUGGUCUGCCUGCUGUAUACCUGACUGCCUGCCUGCUGUCUGCCUUGCAUCUAUGUCUGCACUUGUUGUCUCCUGCACGUUGACUGCAGGUAUGUAGUAUGUCUGUAUGUAUGUCUGUCUGUAUGCCUGUUAACUGCAUGCGUCUACAUGCCAUUGUCUGCAUGUCUACCCUGAAUGUUGUAUGUCUGCCUGAUUCCUGACUGACUGAAUGCAUGACUGCAUGUCUGUACUUGGCUGUAUGUCUGAUUUUAUGUAUGUAUGGAUUGUCUGUCUGUUGUCUCUUGGAUGCAUGCUGCACACUAUGACACUGCAUGAUGUAUGUCUGUCUGUCUUUGCCGAUGCGACAUUUAGAUAACGUUGAUGACAGCUGUCUUCACCAGAAGAAAAUAAGAGAGAAGUUGCUUUGCUUGAGUUUCCUUAAGGAGGAGUUCUAAAGGAAAAGGACAUGACCUUCUCUUAUAGGGAGUCUACCUAUAACCCCUGACCUCUAACCCUCCGGGACUUCCUAAAGGUAGUCUUGACAUAUAACCCUCGGACCUCUACCCAAGGACUUCUCUAUAGGUGAGUCUGACCUAUACCCUCUGACUAUAACCUAAAGGACUUCUCUAUAGGUGAGCGUAUGACCUAUAACCCCUGACCCUCAUAACCCUAAGGAUUCUCUAUAGGUGAGUCGAUAUAACCCAUGCACCUUAACCCUAAGGACUCUCUCUAUAGGUGAGUUGACCAUAACCCUGACCUCUUAACCCAUAGGACUUCUCUUAUAGGUGAGUCUGACCUAUAACACCUGACUCUAACACUAAGGACGCUCUCUAUAGGUGGUCUGACCUAUAACCCUGACCUCUAACACUAAGGACUUUCUCUAUAGGGUGAGUCUGACAUAUAACCCUGAUGACCCUAAACCCUAAGGACGUCUAAUAGGGAGGUCUGACUCCUAUAACCCCUGACCUCUACCCUAAGGGACGUCUCUAUAGGUGAGUCGGACCUAUUAACCCUGGACCUAUAACCCUAAGGACUUCUUCUAAGGUGAGUCUGACCUUAUAAACCCCUGACUCUAACCUAAGGACUUCUCUAUAGGUGAGUCUGACCUCGCACCCCUGCCUAUAACAUAAGACUUCUCUAUAGGUUGAGUCUGACCUAUAAACCCCUGACCUCUAACCAUAGGGGACUUCUCUAUAGGUGAGUCUGACCUAUAACACCCUGACCUCUAACAUAAGGAUUCUCUAUAGGUGAGUAUGACCUAGAACCCUGACCUCUAACCCAUAAGGACUUCUCUAUAGGUGAGUCUGAACUAAAUAACCCCUAUUGACCUCUAACCCUAAGGACUUCUCUAUAGUGAGUCCGACCUAUAACCCCUGACCUCUAACCCCCUAAGGAUUCUAGAUAGGUUGAGUCUGACCAUAACCACUGACCUCUAACCCUAAGGACUGCCAUACGGGUGAGUUUGACCCUAUAACCCCUGACCUUACUAACCCUAAGGAAUCUCAUAGGGAGCGACCUAUAACCCUGGGACUCUAAACCUAAGGCUUCUCUCUAUAGGGGAGUUACCUGACCUCUAACCCUAAGGAUUCUUCUAUAGGGUGAGGGCUACCCCCGACCUCUAACCCUAAGGACUUCCUUCUAAGGUGAGUUGACCUAAACCCCCGGAACUCUAACCCUAGGGACUUCUUAUGGUGAGCUGACCUAGUAACCCUGACCUCAAACACUAAGGACUUUCUAUAGGUGAGUCCUGACUAUAAAAAACCCGACUCAAACCUAAGGAAUUCUCUAUAGGGAGUUGACUAUAACCCAUGACUUAACCCUAAGGACUUCUCUAUAGGGAGUCCCUCUGGAUAGAACCACUGACCUCUAACCCUAAGGACUUCUCUCUAGGUGAGUCUGAAUAUCACCCCGGACCUCUACCCUCCUAAGGAUCUUCACUAUUAGGUGAGCUGACCUAAAACCACUGACUCUAACCCUAGGACGUCUUAAGGGGAGUCUGAACUAUUAACCCAUGACUAUAAACCCUAAGGACGUCUCUAUAGGUGAGUCUGACCUUAUAACCCCUGACUCUAACCAUAAGGAUAGUCUCUUAUAGGUGAGCUGACCUAUAACCCUCUGACCUCUAACACUAAUGACUUUCUCUAUAGGUGAGUCUGACACUAUAACCCCUGACCUCUAAACCUAAGGACCGUCCUAUAGGUGAGUGACCUAUAACCCCCGUGACCUCUAACCCUAAGACUGUCUCUAUAGGUGCGUCUGACCCCUGCCCUCUUAACCAAGGACGUCUAUAUAGGUGGUCUGACCUAUAACCACUGACCUUCUAACACGAAGGACGUCUAUAGGUGAGUCUGACCAUAGCCCCUGAACCUCUACCCUAAGGAAUUCUCUAAGGUUGAGUCUGACCUAAACCCCGACCUCUAACCCUAAGACUUCUAUUAUAGGGAGCGACCUAUAAACCCUGACCUCUUAAACCCUAAGGACUUCUCUAUAGGGGUGAGUUGACUAAACCCUGACCUCUAACCCUAAGGACUUCUCUAUAGGGGUGAGUCUGACUAUAAACCCAUGACCUCUAACCCCUAAGGACUUCUCUAUAGGUGAGUCUGACCUAUAACCCCUGACUCCCCCUAGGACGUCUCUUGGUAUCUCCCUAUAACCCCUGACCUCUAACCUAAGGUUCUCUAUAGGUGAGUCUGACCUAUAACCCCGACUCUAACCCUAGGACUUCUCUUUGGUGAGUCGACCAUAACCCUGCCUCUAACCCAAGGACUUCUCUAUAGGUGAGUCAAACCCCUGACCUCUAACCCUAAGGACUUUCUCUUUUGGUGAGUCUGACCCUGACCUCUAACCACCCACCCUCUCUCUAUCCCACCCCCCCCCCUCUCUCACUCCCACCUUUUCCCUCCCCCCUCCCUCUACCCCCUCUCUCCUCAUCCUCUCCCACCCCCUCUCCCUACUCCCUCGCUCCCACCCCCUCCCCUCCCCUCCCUCUCCCUUCCCUCCCUCUCCCCCGUCCCUCUCCCCCCCCCUCCUCUCCCCGCCCCUCUCCCCCUCCCCAUCCCCCCCCCUCCCUCCUCCCCCCCUCUCCUUCCCCCCCUCCCCCUCCCCCCCCCUCUCUCCCUCUCCCCUCCCCCCCUCUCCCUCCUCCCUCUCUCCCUCCUCUCUGCAGUGGUCAAUCAGUUUUGAUGUGUUCCCAAAAGGGGCUGGGACAAGCGUUAUUUGUCUGGGCCUGGUAGAGAAAGACUCCUAUAAAACCAUACACUUCUUUGGAGACAAAACUAAACCUGUAAGUAGCUUUAUAAUGACAACCACAUUAUAGCUUUAUGAUGACAACCACGUUAUAGCUUUAUAAUGACAACCACGUUAUAAUGACAACCACAUUAUAGCUUUAUAAUGACAACCAAGUUAUAGUUUUAUAAUGAAACCACGUUAUAGCUUUAUAAUGAAAACCACGUAUAAUGGACAACCAUGUUUAUAGCUUAUAAUGACAAACCACUUAUAGCUUAUAAUGAAAACCACGUUAUAGCUUUAUAAUGACAACCACGUUAUAGUUUUAUAAUGACAACCAGUUAUAGCUUUAUGAUGAAACCAAACGUUAAUAGCUUUAUAAUGAAAAACCACGUUUAGCUUAAAAUUUGACAACCACGUUAUAGCUUUAUAAUGAAAAAACCACGUUAUAGCUUUAUAAUGAACAAACCACGUUAUAGCUUUAUAAUGACAACCACGUUAUAGCUUUAUAAUGAACAACCACGUUAUAGCUUAUAAUGACAACCACGUUAUAAUGACAACCAUGUUAUAGCUUAUAAUGACAACCACGUUAAGUUAUAAUGACAACCACGUUAUAAGCUUUAUAAUGACAACCACGUUAUAGCUUUUAUGAUGACAACCACGUUAUAGCUUUAUAAUGACAACCACGUUAUAGCUUUAUAAUGACAACCACGUUAUAGUUUAUAAUGACAACCACGUUAUAGCUUUAUGAUGACACCACGUUAUAGCUUUAUAAUGACAACCACGUUAUAGCUUUAUAAUGACAACCAUGUUAUAGCUUAUAUGACACCACAGUUAUAUGACAACCACGUUAUAGCUUAUGAUGACAACCACGUUAUAGCUUUAUAAUGACAACCACGUUAUAGAUUGAUAAUGACAACCACGUUAUAGCUUAAUUAUGACAACCACGUUAUAGCUUUAUAAUGACAACCACGUUAUAAUGAAAACCCACGUUAUGCUUUAUGAUGACAACCACGUUAUAGAUGAAAACCCCACGUUAUAGCUUUAUAAUGACAACCACGUUAUAGCUUUAUAAUGACAACCACGUUAUAGCUUUAUAAUGACAACCACGUUUAGCUUUAUAAUGAAAACCACGUUAUAGCUUUAUAAUGACAACCCACGUUAUAGCUUUUAUAAUGACAACCACGUUUAGCUUUAUAAUGACAACCACGUUAUAGCUUUAUUAAUGACAACCACGUUAUAGCUUUAUAAUGACAACCACGUUAUAGCUUUAAAAUGACAACCACGUUAUAAUGAAAACCCAAACGUUAUAGCUUUAUGAUGACAACCACGUUAUAGCUUUAAAAUGACAACCACGUUAUAGCUUUAAAAUGACAACCACGUUAUAGCUUUAUAAUGACAACCAGUUAUAAUGGACAACCACGUUAUAGCUUUAUGAUGACAACCACGUUAAGAUGACAACCACGUUAUAGUUUUAUUAAUGACCAACCGACGUUAUAGCUUUAUAAUGACAACCACGGUUAUAAUGACAACCAUGUUUAUAUAGCUUUAUAAUGACAACCACGUUUAUAGCUUUUAUAAUGACAACCACGUUAUAGCUUUAUUAUGACAACCACGUUAUAGCUUUAUAAUGACAAACCACGUUAUAGCUUUAUUAAUGACAACCACGUUAUAGCUUUAUAAUGACAACCACGUUAUAAUGACAACCACGUUAUAGCUUUAUAAUGACAACCACGUUAUAGCUUUAUGAUGACAACCACGUUAUAGCUUUAUAAUGACAACCACGUUAUAGCUUUAUAAUGACAACCAUGUUAUAGCUUUAUAAUGACAACCACGUUAUAAUGACAACCACGUUAUAGCUUUAUGAUGACAACCACGUUAUAGCUUUAUAAUGACAACCACGUUAUAGCUUUAUAAUGACAACCACGUUAUAGCUUAAUUAUGACAACCACGUUAUAGCUUUAUAAUGACAACCACGUUAUAAUGACAACCACGUUAUAGCUUUAUGAUGACAACCACGUUAUAGAUGACAACCACGUUAUAGCUUUAUAAUGACAACCACGUUAUAGCUUUAUAAUGACAACCACGUUAUAGCUUUAUAAUGACAACCACGUUAUAGCUUUAUAAUGACAACCACGUUAUAGCUUUAUAAUGACAACCACGUUAUAGCUUUAUAAUGACAACCACGUUAUAGCUUUAUAAUGACAACCACGUUAUAGCUUUAUAAUGACAACCACGUUAUAGCUUUAUAAUGACAACCACGUUAUAGCUUUAUAAUGACAACCACGUUAUAAUGACAACCACGUUAUAGCUUUAUGAUGACAACCACGUUAUAGCUUUAUAAUGGACAACCACGUUAUAGCUUAUAAUGACAACCACGUUAUAGCUUUAUAAUGAACAACCACGUUAUAGACAACAACCACUUAUAGCUUUAUGAUGACAACCACGUUAUAGAUGACAACCACGUUAUAGCUUUAUAAUGAACCACGUUAUAGCUUUAUAAUGACACCACGUUAUACCCUUUAAUAAUGACAACCACGUUAUAGUUUUAUAAUGACAACCACGUUAUAGCUUUAUAAUGACAACCACGUUAUAGCUUUAUAAUGAAAACCACGUUAUAGCUUUAUAAUGAAAAACCACGUUUAUAGUUUUAAAAUGACAACCACGUUAUAAUGACAACCACGUUAUAGCUUUAUGAUGACACCACGUUAUAGCUUAUAAUGACAACCACGUUAUAGCUUUAUAAUGACAACCACGUUAUGGGAUUGACAACCACGUUAAAAGCUUUAUAAUGACAACCACGUUAUAAUGACAACCACGUUAUAGCUUUAUAAUGACAACCUUUUUAAAGCUUUAAAAUUUGACAACCACGUUAUAGCUUUAAAUGACAACCACGUUAUAGCUUUAUAAUGACAACCACAGUUAUAGCUUUAUGAUGGACAAACCACGUUAUAGCUUUAUAAUGACAACCCACGUUAUAGCUUUUACCUUAACUGACAACCACGUUUAUAGCUUUAUAAUGACAACCACGUUAUAGCUUUAUAAUGACAACCACGUUAUAGCUUUAUAAUGACAACCACGUUAUAGCUUUAUAAUGACAACCACGUUAUAGCUUUAUAAUGACAACCACGUUAUAAUGACAACCACGUUAUAGCUUUAUAAUGACAACCACGUUAUAAUGACAACCACGUUAUAGCUUUAUAAUGACAACCACGUUAUAAUGACAACCACGUUAUAGCUUUAUGAUGACAACCACGUUAUAGCUUUAUAAUGACAACCACGUUAUAAUGACAACCACGUUAUAGCUUUAUAAUGACAACCACGUUAUAAUGACAACCACGUUAUAGCUUUAUGAUGACAACCACGUUAUAGCUUUAUAAUGACAACCACGUUAUAAUGACAACCACGUUAUAGCUUAAUAAUGGGCAGUGCAAAUAGUCCGGGUAGCCAUGAUUAGCUGUUCAGGAGUCUUAUGGCUUGGGGGUAGAAGCUGUUGAGAAGUCUUUUGGACCUAGACUUGGCACUCCGGUACCGCUUGCCGUGCGGUAGCAGAGAGAACAGUCUAUGACUAGGGUGGCUGGAGUCUUUGACAAUUUUGAGGGCCUUCCUCUGACACCGCCUGGUAUAGAGGUCCUGGAUGGCAGGAAGCUUGGCCCCAGUGAUGUACUGGGCCGUACGCACUACCCUCUCUAGUGCCUUGCGGUCAGAGGCCAAGCAGUUGCCAUACCAGGCGGUGAUGCAACCAGUCAGAAUGCUCUCAAUGGUGCAGCUGUAUAACGUUUUGAGGAUCUGAGGACCCAUGCCAAAUCUUUUCAGUCUCCUGAGGGGGAAUAGGAUUUGUCGUGCCCUCUUCACGACUGUCUUGGUGUGUUUGGACCAUGAUAGUUUGUUGGUGAUGUGGACACCAAGGAACUUGAAGCUCUCAACCUGUUCCACUACAGCCCCGUCGAUGAGAAUGGGGGCAUGCUCGGUCCACUUUUUAUCCCUGUAGUCCACAAUCAUCUCCUUUGUCUUGGUCACGUUGAGGGAGAGGUUGUUGUCCUGGCACCACACGGCCAGGUCUCUGACCUCCUCCCUAUAGGCUGUCUCAUCGUUGUCGGUGAUCAGGCCUACCACUGUUGUGUCGUCGGCAAACUUAAUGCUGGAGUUGGAGUCGUGCCUGGCCAUGCAGUCAUGGGUGAACAGGGAGUACAGGAGGGGACUGAGCACGCACCCCUGAGGGGCCCCUGUGUUGAGGAUCAGUGUGGCAGAUGUGUUGUUACCUACCCUUACCACCUGGGGGCGGCCCGUCAGGAAGUCCAGGAUCCAGUUGCAGAGGGAGGUGUUUAGUCCCAGGAUCCUUAGCUUAGUGAUGAGCUUUGAGGGCACUAUGGUGUUGAAUGCUGAGCUGUAGUCAAUGAAUAGCAUUCUCACGUAGGUGUUCCUCUUGUCCAGGUGGGAAAGGGCAGUGUGGAGUGCAAUAGAGAUUGCAUCUGUGGAUCUGUUGGGGCGGUAUGCAAAUUGGAGUGGGUCUAGGGUUUCUGGGAUAAUGGUGUUGAUGUGAGCCAUGACCAGCCUUUCAAAGCACUUCAUGGCUACAGACGUCAGUGCUACGGGUCGGUAGUCAUUUAGGCAGGUUAUCUUAGUGUUCUUGGCCACGGGGACUAUAGUGGUCUGCUUGAAACAUGUUGGUAUACAGACUCAGUCAGGGACAGGUUGAAAAUGUCAGUGAAGACACAUGCCAGUUGGUCAGCACAUGCUCGGAGUACACGUCCUGGUAAUCCGUCUGGCCCUGCGGCCUUGUGAAUGUUGACCUGCUUAAAAGUCUUACUCACAUCGGCUACGGAGAGCGUGAUCACACAGUCGUCCGGAACAGCUGGUGCUCUCAUGCAUGCUUCAGUGUUGCUUGCCUCGAAGUGAGCAUAGAAGUGGUUUAGCUCGUCUGGAAGUCUUGUUUUUACAUUUACAUUUUACGUCAUUUAGCAGACGCUCUUAUCCAGAGCGACUUACAGUUAGUGAAUACAUUUUUUUUUUUUAUACUGGCCCCCCGUGGGAAACGAACCCACAACCCUGGCGUUGCAAACGCCAUGCUCUAUCAACUGAGCUACAUCCCUGCCGGCCAUUCCCUCCCCUACCCUGGACGACGCUGGGCCAAUUGUGCGCCGCCCAUGAGUCUCCCGGUCGCGGCCGGCUGCGACAGAGCCUGGAUUCGAACCAGGAUCUCUAGUGGCACAGUUAGCACUGCGAUGCAGUGCCUUAGACCACUGCGCCACUCAGGAGUAUGUCACUGGGCAGCUCGCGGCUGUGCUUCCCUUUGUAGUCUGUAAUAGUUUUCAAGCCCUGCCACAUCCGACGAGCGUCAGAGCCGGUGUAAUAUGAUAUAUUAAUGUUGAUGUUGUGCUUUAGGGAGGAAACGAUAUGAUAUAUUAAUGUUGAUGUUGUGCUUUAGGGAGGAAACGAUAUGAUAUAUUAAUGUUGAUGUUGUGCUUUAGGGAGGGAAACGAUAUGAUAUAUUAAUGUUUGAUGUUGUGCUUUAGGAAGGAAACAAUAUGAUGUAUUAAUGUUGUGCUUUAGGUAGGAAACGAUAUGAUAUAUUAAUGUUGAUGUUGUGCUUUAGGAAGGAAACGAUAUGAUAUGUUGAUGUUGUGCUUUAGGGAGGAAACGAUAUGAUAUAUUAAUGUUGAUGUUGUGCUUUAGGGAGGAAACGAUAUGAUAUAUUAAUGUUGUGCUUUAGGUAGGAAACGAUAUGAUAUAUUAAUUUUGAUGUUGUGCUUUAGGGAGGAAACGAUAUGAUAUAUUAAUGUUGAUGUUGUGCUUUAGGGAGGAAACGAUAUGAUAUAUUAAUGUUGAUGUUGUGCUUUAGGGAGGAAACGAUAUGAUAUAUUAAUGUUGAUGUUGUGCUUUAAGAAGGAAACAAUAUGAUGUAUUAAUGUUGUGCUUUAGGUAGGAAACGAUAUGAUAUAUUAAUGUUGAUGUUGUGCUUUAGGGAGGAAACGAUAUGAUAUAUUAAUGUUGAUGUUGUGCUUUAGGAAGGAAACGAUAUGAUAUGUUGAUGUUGUGCUUUAGGGAGGAAACGAUAUGAUAUAUUAAUGUUGAUGUUGUGCUUUAGGGAGGAAACGAUAUGAUAUAUUAAUGUUGUGCUUUAGGUAGGAAACGAUAUGAUAUAUUAAUGUUGAUGUUGUGCUUUAGGGAGGAAACGAUAUGAUAUAUUAAUGUUGAUGUUGUGCUUUAGGGAGGAAACGAUAUGAUAUAUUAAUGUUGAUGUUGUGCUUUAGGGAGGAAACGAUAUGAUAUAUUAAUGUUGAUGUUGUGCUUUAGGGAGGAAACGAUAUGAUAUAUUAAUGUUGAUGUUGUGCUUUAGGGAGGAAACGAUAUGAUAUAUUAAUGUUGUGCUUUAGGGAGGAAACGAUAUGAUAUAUUAAUGUUGAGCUUUAGGGAGGAAACAAUAUGAUAUAUUAAUGUUGUGCUUUAGGGAGGAAACGACUAUGAUAUAUUAAUGUUGAUGUUGUGCUUUAGGGAGGAAACAAUAUGAUAUAUUAAUGUUGAUGUUGUGCUUUAGGGACGAAACAAUAUGAUAUAUUAAUGUUGUGCUUUAGGGAGGAAGCAAUAUGAUAUAUUAAUGUUGUGUUUUAGGGAGGAAACAAUAUGAUGUAUUAAUGUUGUGUUUUAGGGAGGAAACAAUAUGAUAUAUUAAUGUUGAUGUUGUGCUUUAGGGAGGAAACAAUAUGAUAUAUUAAUGUUGAUGUUGUGCUUUAGGGAGGAAACGACUAUGAGAUCUAUGCAGAUCCCAGAACCAUCGGACAUGAAGUCACUUGCCCUGAAGAUACACAACGCAUCUGUCAAGACCUGUUCUUCCACUGA